AUGAUAUUUCCCACGUUGAAACACCCAUCAAACGUCUAUCGUCUGCUGAUCAGUCGUGUCAAGCUUGUAUCGCCAACAUGUCAGCCCAUUUCUACACGGUCUGCCAUCAACAAGGGCCUCAGGAGUGGAAGAGAUGAUUCUGAAAUCAAAAGGGGCGGCCGAGACCGUACCCAAAGGCCUUCUCAGUUUGGGGACAGACCGCGCUCCAGCAGCUUUUCGCGGUCCGAUGCUCCUGGUAGAGCAAGAGAAUCUGGCUUUGCAUCCGGUGGACGCGAAAGAGAUCGACCUGGCUUUAAGCCACGAGACGAUGCGAGAAGCUUUGACAGAGAUCGUCCUGGACGUGACUCUAAGUCGUCAUAUCCCAGGCGUAACGAAGACUCCGAUUCUGGUGGACGUGAUCGAACCCGGUCUGCGUUCAAGCCGCGUGAUGAUGCCAGAAGUUCAACCCGGAACCGCCCUGCACGAGACUUUGGCUCCUACCCUUCACGUGGAAUGAAAGAUGAACCCAAACCAGGAAAUCGUUUUGAAAGAUCUCGUAAAAGAGAAUCUGGCUUUGCAGGUCAGCCUGGAUUUUCGUUCGAAAAGAAAGCUGGCAGCGACUUUGCCACUCACGGACGACGCGGCGACAGAGACAGCCUCAGCUCUUCGAGUCGCGGUUCACGGGACGAACAUGCGCCUCGAGACCGAAGUGAUCGCGAUUCCACUUCUAGCCGUGGUUCUCGUUUCCCUGAUCGUUCAGAUGAAAACAGCUUCGCGUCUCGGAGCCGUGGUGAUGGAGGCGCGAGGUACGGAGACAGCUCUUCCUCAGCAGCUCGGCGGCAAUCAGAUAGCUUCGGUUCGAAAGAUCGUGAUUAUCAGCGUCGUGCUCCUGGAAGCACUGGAGUCAAGCCCAACUUUGCUGAGCGUCGUGAAAGGGAUGAGACUCAUGCGGCAGGGAAGUAUGCGCCUACAGCAGAAAAGGAACCAAACGAGCCGGAAUCGGAACAGGGCGACCGGCCUCGAAAAGGACUCCUCCGCGACAUCAAGUCUGCGUGCAAGUUGAUACAAUCUAUCCAAAAGGCAGAGGCGUCUGGAGAGGAUACCAGCCAGAUGAUCAACAUGACGAAUGCCCUGCUCCGCAGCGUUAACGUUCAUGUUGCAUCUGGUAAUUUUCAGGACGACCCCGCCGAGGCGGUGGCCUCCCUCUUCCAUAAGAAAGCCGCGGAGGGGACUUUCUACGUCAAUUCCGACACAGCUUCUGGAGGUCGAAGCAUCCUUUUCCAAAGAGGCGACGGGAAAAUUGAGUUUGSCGCAAAGAGUAAUGAUUUCGAGGAUCAUGUGGCGGAGGCCCGACCGAGUCGAACUGAACACAGCAGAGAUAGAUCUGAAAGAUUGACGACGGCAAGAGAUGGCAACAGAUCAGGGCAAAACCCUUCUAGCAGAGAGACAAGAAACUUUGCAUCCUCCGAAGCUGGCCCUGAAGAUGACGGUAUUCCAAUCUCAGUCCCUUUCACCACCGCUGCGAGCGAGUUUCUCUAUGGGUCCAAUGCUGUCUUGGCAGCACUGCGAGGCAAGCGAAGGAAGCUCUAUCACCUUUACGUGCACCCCAAGAUCUUUGAGCGGGAAUCUGGAAUGGAGGCAGACAAAAAGUCAAGAUACGCAAAGCCUGCACAUGAGUUCGUCGCAUUGGCCAAGGAAGCAAACGUCCCGUUCCGCAAUGAGUUCAGGACACAUUUGUUGGACAAAAUGUCAGAUGGGCGACCACACAACGGCGUUGUUCUGGAAGUCUCGAAGCUGCCCGCGCCGCCUGUCCUUGGUCUCGGCAAGCAUGACGCACGGAGAGCAAUCAUCCCCGUUACUGUUGCUCCACAAAGUGCAGAAGAUGUUGCUGUCAACGGAAACUCCGAAACCAUUGCCGUCACUGCGAACAGCUGGCGUCACCCCUUCAUUGUUAUGCUAGAUGGUAUCAUCGACCCCGGCAACGUAGGAAACAUUCUCCGAACCUGCCACUUCUAUGGAGUAGACGCCGUCGUAGUCGCCACAAAUACCUGCGCGAAUCUCUCCUCCGCCGUCUUGGCGAAAGCUUCCUCCGGUGCAUGCGAAGCUGUUCGCAUCCUAGCUCUCCCACAGCCUUCCAACUUUGUCCACGAUUCCGCAAAGGCGGGCUGGAAGAUCUACGCUGCUGUGGCGCCUGUUACGGGUAGACAGGGCAAGGAUGCCAAACCACAGCUCACCACGGCUACCGUAGCUGCUGCGAGUCCAUUGGUCGACCAUCCCUGCAUUCUCAUGCUUGGUGCCGAAGGCGAAGGUCUGAGGGAGAAUCUGAAGAACCGCGCGAAUGCUUUCGUGUCUAUCGCAAGAGGACAGCAGUUGAACGAUUCGCCCGAUGUUGGGGUUGACAGUAUGAAUGUCAGUGUUGCUGCUGGAGUUUUGCUCGAGUCUUUCUUGAGGAAGCCGGAGGGUGCUCCUGAAAAGAGGGAUAGUACUGGGGAGUUGGGAUUCUAG